UCUAACCGUGAGCAAAGGGGCGGUGCCUGUGGUGCAACUGGCCAAUCAGAGGUCAGCAAAAACAGGGCUGUAUAUACAUGACGUCACAACAUUUCUAAAAAAAAUUUUUUUACAAGAAAUCAUAAGGGAGCGUCUGUAACGUCUGUGGAAUCGGUUGUCUUACUCAACGGUCAGGAAUGUCAGCUGCCAACGACAGCGGAGAUCGACUCAGCCAGUUCAAAAACAAAGGGAAAGAUGCUAAUGAGCUAAGGCGCAGGAGAGCGGAAGUCAACGUGGAGCUCCGGAAAGCAAAGAAAGAUGAUCAGAUCCUGAAGAGGAGAAACGUCCAGAGCCUCACGGACGAGCCGACCUCUCCUCUCCAGGAGAAAGAUCCUAACGCACAGCCUCCUCAACACUGGUCUGUGGAGGAGAUUGUGGGCGGUGUAAAUAGCCAGAAUGUAGAUCAUCAGCUGCAGGCCACACAGGCAGCCAGGAGGCUCCUCUCCAGAGAAAAGCACCCACCUAUUGACAGCAUUAUUGCUGCCGGACUUAUCGAAAAGUUUGUUCGUUUUCUGGCAUUGUCUGAAUGCCCCCCCAUCCAGUUUGAGGCAGCUUGGGCCCUGACAAACAUCGCCUCAGGUACCUCAGACCAGACCACUGCCGUAGUGGAAGGAGGGGCCAUCCCAGCCUUCAUCAACCUGGUGGCAUCACCCCACCCGCACAUCAGCGAGCAGGCCAUUUGGGCUCUGGGAAACAUCGCAGGUGAUGGAUCCAACUACAGAGAUCUAGUGAUCAAGCAUGGUGGACUCCAGCCACUCCUAGCCUUGCUUGCAGUCCCUGACCUGUCUGAGUUUCCUUCUGGCUACCUGCGUAAUGUCACGUGGACGCUGUCCAACUUAUGUCGGAACAAGAAUCCAGCACCACCUUUGACAGCAGUGCAGCAGCUGCUUCCAGCCCUGGUACGCCUCCUGCACCACGAUGACAGGGAGGUUCUGGCUGACACCUGCUGGGCUGUGUCCUACCUAACGGAUGGCUCCAAUGAAAGGAUAGAGGUUGUGGUGCAGGCUGGCCUGGUGCCUCGCCUAGUACAGCUGCUAGCCUGCGGGGAGCUUUCCAUUGUGACUCCAGCCCUGCGGUCACUUGGUAACAUUGUGACUGGGACAGAUGGGCAGACCCAGUGUGUGCUGAAUGCCGGCGCCCUGGCGAUGUUCCCCAGUUUGCUACGUCACCACAAACCCAAUAUCCAGAAAGAGGCAGCCUGGACAUUGUCCAAUAUCACUGCUGGCAAGGACACCCAGAUCCAGGAGGUUAUCAAUGCAGGCCUGAUGCCCAUCCUCGUGGACGUCCUCCAACAGGGAGACUACAAGACCCAGAAAGAAGCAGUGUGGGCUGUCACCAAUUAUACCAGCGGUGGAACAGUGGAGCAAGUGGCCUACCUGGUCCAUUGCAAGGUGCUGGAGCCUUUGCUCAACCUGCUGACAGCGAAAGACAGUAAAAUCAUCUUGGUCAUCUUGGAUGCACUCCACAAUAUUUUACAGAUGGCAUCCAGAACUGGUGAGAUUGGGAAAAUGUGUCUAAUGGUUGAGGAGUUGGGUGGUCUGGAUAAGAUAGAGGCGCUGCAAACUCAUGACAAUGAAGCUGUGUACAAGUCUGCUCUCAACAUCAUAGAAAGAUUCUUCUCUGAAGAGAACGAAGAUGAUGAGUCUGUGGUUCCUGAAGCCACGGCAGAGUGCUAUACCUUCCAGAUCCCUGAAGACCAAAGCACUUACCAGUUUUAACAUGUCCAGCUUAAUCUUUGUAACACAAAAAAAAGAACAUUCUUACCUUGUUGAUAUAUAUUUUUAAAUUUUUAGACAUUUCAUCCUUGUACAUAACAGUACAAAGACAAACUGUUUCAAAUAAAUAUUUGUAAAUAAAUGUCA